GCUCCGCGGGGAGAGCCGGCCGGCCGGCGCGGCGCGGGCAUGGGGCGGGCGGCGUGGGCGCUGCUCUGGCUGCUGCUGGGCAGCACUGGGGCGCAGUACGAGAAGUACAGCUUCCGCGGCUUCCCGCCCGAGGACCUGAUGCCCCUGGCCGCCGCCUACGGGCACGCGCUGGAGCAGUACGAGGGCGAGAGCUGGCGCGAGAGCGCGCGCUACCUGGAGGCGGCGCUGCGGCUGCACCGGCUGCUGCGGGACAGCGAGGCCUUCUGCCACGCCAACUGCAGCGGCCCCGCGCCGCCCGCGGCCUCGGCCUCGGCCCCCGGGCCCGCGCCCCGCCCCGACGGCGGCCGCGCCGACGAGUGGGCCCGCGAGCUGUGGCUCUUCGGCCGCGUCCUGGAGCGCGCCGCCUGCCUGCGACGCUGCAAGCGGACGCUGCCCGCCUUCCAGGUGCCCUACCCGCCGCAGCAGCUGCUGCGCGACUUCCAGAGCCGCCUGCCCUACCAGUACCUGCACUACGCGCAGUUCAAGGCUAACCGGCUGGAGAAGGCCGUGGCCGCGGCCUACACCUUCCUCCAGAGGAACCCCAAGCAUGAGCUGACCACCAAGUAUCUCAACUACUACCGGGGGCUGCUGGACGCCGCGAAUGAGCCCCUCACCGACUUGGAGGCCCAGCCCUAUGAGGCUGUGUUCCUGCGGGCCGUGAAGCUCUUCAACAGCGGGGACUUCCGCGGCAGCAGCGAGGACAUGGAGCGCGCCCUGGCCGAGUACCUGGCUGUCUUUGCUCGCUGUCUGGCCGGCUGCGAGGGGGCCCAGGAGCAGGUGGACUUCAAGGACUUCUACCCAGCCAUAGCAGAUCUCUUUGCAGAAUCCCUGCAGUGCAAAGUGGAAUGUGAGACCAACUUGAUCCCCAAUGUGGGUGGCUACUUUGUGGAGAAGUUCGUGGCCACCAUGUAUCACUACCUGCAGUUCGCCUACUACAAGUUGAACGACGUUCGCCAGGCCGCCCGCAGCGCUGCCAGCUACAUGCUCUUCGACCCCGGGGACAGCGUCAUGCAGCAGAACCUGGUCUAUUACCGCUUCCACAGGGCCCGCUGGGGCCUGGAAGAGGAAGACUUCCAGCCCCGGGAGGAGGCCAGGCUCUACCACAACCAGACCGCUGAGCUGCGGGAGCUGCUGGAGUUCGCACACAUGUACCUGCAGUCAGAUGAUGAGAUGGAGCUGGAGGAAACAGAAUCUCCCGUGGAGCCCAAGAACCCCCCAUCCGAUGCUGAGUUUGAGGGAGAGGGUGACUAUGAAGAAGGCAUCUAUGCUGACUGGUGGCAGGAGCCGGAUGCCAAGGGCGAUGAGGCUGAGGCCGAACCAGAGCCUGAAUUAGCAUGACAGAGAGCCACCCCUAUGCCCUCCAGACCUUGGGAAGCCUGGACCAGUGGCAACCCCCUCACCUGGGCAGCGGCAAGAGCUAUUUAUUAAAAAAUGUAAAAUGGACAUAGCUGACCAGGCCCCAUCCCAUCCCACCUGCAAGCACUGCUCAAGGCCCUCCUGCCUCCUCGCUGGUUCCAGGAGCACAGGGGGGCAGUACUGCCUCUGCUGCAGGCCCGGCCUUCUUCCUAGUGCUCUCCCCACUUGGACGGUCUCCUGGGGAGAAGCUCUAGCUCCGUGUAGUUGGUGCCUCAGCCUGAAUUGUUGAGACAACAGGGGCAGGGGCAUUGUGAAGCGCUCCAGACAGGACACCCGCCAUUCCUGGCACACUGGCAGUGGGUGCUAAAUAAACAUUUCUCACUGAAUGAAUCACAGUGCCUGGGGUCCAGUCCCCUCAGAGCUGAGUGGUGAGGGGUGAGGCUGAAGAUCCUUCCCUCUACCCCUUCUUCCCUCCCGUGUAAAUGCAGGCUGCACGCAUGGCCUUGGCUUGUCCCCCAACCACUGCUGGGGAGUUGGGG